AUGGCCGGGAAGGACGAAGAAGAAGGGAAAGAAGGAAAGGAUGGAAGCACGGACGGCUGGGCAGGCAUCGAGGAGCGCCUGGAGGAGAUCCGGGAAAAGCUCGGGAUCUGGAAAUGCCCCGCGCGGCUGCGGCGCGGCCGCCGCGACGCCGACUGGGCCGCCGUCACCUCCGGCGCUUUUGCUGUUCUUUGGAGAGCCGCGGCCGUUCUAGCCGGGCCGGAGCGGCCCCGGGAGGAGGGCAGGGCGGUGCUGACGGCCAGGAUCCGUGCCCUGCGCUUCCUGCUGCUGCUGGAGUCGCGGGACGGGGAGGUGUCGCCUCGGGAAUCCUUCCAGCCGCCCUUCUUCGCCUCGCAGAGCGCCCAGCACGCCGCGGCCGCCGCCGCCCUCUACGAGGCUCACCGGGCUCCGUGCCCGCUCUUCGUGGCCAGGCAGCUCCGGGAAUUCCUGCUGGACACCCUCAGGGACGAGGCCCCGCAGCCGCCGGGCCUCCAGGAGUCCCUGUGCUUCCUGGAGCUCACCCGGGAGCGCUGCCGCCAGCUCUGCAAGGCCCGGCGGCCCCGCGACGCCCUGGACGCCCUGGAGGAAUCCAGAACCUUCCUGGGAGCUGGGAAUUCUCUGGGAGCCCCUCUGGAGCUGCUGGAAGCCGGGAUCCAGCUGAGCCGGGCCGUGCUGACCAGAAGCGUGCGGGCCGUGGGGCCGGCGCUGAGCCGGGCGGGAGCGGCGCUGGCGGCGGAAUGUUCCGGAAGGGUUCUGCGGCUGCUGCUGGAAAGCUCCCAGCUGGUGCUGGCACAGCUCGGGGAGGUGCUCAGGAGGAGCCAGGAGCUGCCCCUCGGCCUCCAGGAGCUGCCCGGGGUCUGUGCAUUCUGCCAGGGCCACGGGCGGGCGCUGCGGCGGCUGCUGGCCCAGGUCCCUCCUGACUCCAUCCAGGAGCAGGUGAUGGUGAAGCAGCUGCUGUUCCACAGCCUCCAGCUCUUCUCCAACGCCAUCCACGAAAUAUUCCAGCGCUGCCAGCCCUCGGGGUGGCCGGAGCUGGCGCAGGUGACCACGAGCUGUGUCCAGAGUGUCACCUGGAUGCUGGAGGGGCUGGAGGGGCUGCCCGAGGCCGAGAGGGGCAAGUUCCUCGAUGUCACCGCUGCGGCCGCCUUCCGCCUGGGCCAGGCCUGGCAGAGCCGGAACGUUCCGGAAGCGGCCGGAGCCGUGUGCGAGCCCCUGUGCCGGGCGGUGCUGGCCGGCCACGGCUACGGCUGGCCUGGGGCCACCCCCGAGCGGCUCCACAGGUGCUUCCGGCUGCAGGUGGAGAGCUGGCGCUGCCGCGGCCGGCCGGAGCGCGCCCUGGACGCGGUGGCCCAGUGGCUGCUGGCCCUGGGGACACAGUCCUGGGGACAGGGGACAUGCUCCUGGGGGCUGGGGACACAGUCCUGGGGACAGGGGACACAGUGCCAGCGUCCCCAGGCCACCCCGGGCCAGCCCGGCUCGCUGGUGGCCGAGCCGGUGGCGCUCUGGGCCAGGAUCAAGACGGAGGCGGCCAAGCAGGGAGCGGAGGAGCUGAGGCUGCGGACCCUGCGGGACGCGCUGCAGUCGCAGUCGCGCUGCCACGGGCAGCCCCUGAGCGGGGACGCGCUGCUGCUGCUGCUGCUGGCCGAGCUGCACGCCUACAAAGGCCUGCGGGGCCCCACGGCGCCCGAGCGCUACAACGUCCUGUGCGACCUGCUGGGCCUGUGGGACCCCCAGGGAGCCUGGAACCCCCCGGGAGGGCAGGAGCCGGGGGGCAGCCGGGACCCCCCGGCAGCGCCGGACCCCGGCCGGAGCCUGCCCAGGGCGGCGGCGCUGCUGGAGCUGGGCCAGCUGCUGUGCAGCCACAGCUUCAGCGCCUACACCGACUGCUCCGCCCUGGACGCCGUCCAGGAGGCCCUGAGGCUGCUGGAGUCGCUGGCCCGGAAUUCCCAAACCUGCAAUUCCCAAAUGCGGGAUCAGCUCCUGGACGAGCGCGCCCAGGCCCUGCUCUGGCUCCACAUCUGCACCCUCGAGGCCCUCCUGGAAAAGAGCGUGGCCCGGGAGCGGCGCGGGCGGGGCCGGGCCCCGGAGCCGGGCUGGGAUCGGGAUCCCGAGGGAGAGCGGCCGGAGGCGCGGGACGGGAUCCGCUGCAGCCUCAGCUCCGAGAGCGGUGAGCGGGGUCCUGCAGGGCUGGGAGGGGAUUUCGGGCUGCUGUGCAGCCACAGCUUCAGCGCCUACACCGACUGCUCCGCCCUGGACGCCGUCCAGGAGGCCCUGAGGCUGCUGGAGUCGCUGGCCCGGAAUUCCCAAACCUGCAAUUCCCAAAUGCGGGAUCAGCUCCUGGACGAGCGCGCCCAGGCCCUGCUCUGGCUCCACAUCUGCACCCUCGAGGCCCUCCUGGAAAAGAGCGUGGCCCGGGAGCGGCGCGGGCGGGGCCGGGCCCCGGAGCCGGGCUGGGAUCGGGAUCCCGAGGGAGAGCGGCCGGAGGCGCGGGACGGGAUCCGCUGCAGCCUCAGCUCCGAGAGCGCUCUGUCCAAGCCCUUGGAUGAAGCCCUUGCCCUGUGGAAGGAGCUGCUGGCCGGAGCCGGCGUUCCCGAGGUGCGCAGCCCGGAGCAGACCGUGAGCUCCCUGCAGCUCCUGGCCGAGCUCUACCGCCUCCAGGACAAGCCCGUGCAGGCCCUGGAGAGCCUCCUGCUGCUGCGCUCGCUGUGCCGCCGCCUCGGGGACGGCCCGGGAGCGGCCGACGCCCUGUGCCGGCUGAGCCGCGUCCUGCUGGGGCUGCGCUGCCCGGCCCGGGCCCAGGUUUUCCUGGAGGAGCUGGAAUUGUGCCUGGGGCAGGACGAGGGCAGCGAGGAUUCCCGGCUGCUCCUGCGCCAUUCCCGGCUCCUGCUGCGCAGCCACCUCUGCUGCCUCCAGAAAAAGGUGGAUGAGGGCGUGGCCCUGCUGCUGGAGGCCCUGAGGGAGCCGUGUGCCCAGAGGGCCACCAGGGGCUGGUACCUGGCCCGGGCGCAGCGGCUGCAGCUGGUGGCCGCGUUCCUGGAGCUGCCCCCGGCGCUCCUGGCGGCGCCGCUGCGCCAGCAGCUCCGGCAGCACGGCUGGAGCAGCCCCAAGGUGGCCCUGCUGGAGGCACAGAAGCUGCUGAGGAGCGUCCUGGUGUUCCUGGUGGGCAGCGACGUCCUGGGCAGCGCCCGGAGCCGCCCGCCCGAGGAGCCCGGCCCCGACUGCGGCCUGGCGCUGGUGCACAAGUGGCAGGUGCUGGGGGACACCCUGGGCUGCUGCCAGCGCCUGGUGACGCUGCUGGGCCACUGCGAGGUCCUGUGCCAGGCCAGGGCCUUCUGCAGCGAGGGGCUGACCCUGGCCGGACACCUGCAGGCCGCCCGCUGGUGCACGUGGUUCCUGGUGCUGCAGUCCCAGCUGGAGCUGCAGCAGGGGGAGCUGGAGCUGAGCCUGUCCCACCUGCAGCACGCCCAGUUCCUGCUGCAGCCACCGACUGAACCCAAACCCCGCCGGGACCCUCCGCGACGCCGGGCCAAGAUCCAGCUCCGGAAGGGCCACGUGGCGAGGAGGAAACCUCAGGACGCCGUUCCCGACGCCGUUCCUGGCGGGGAGGAGGACGAGGAGUUCCUGCAGGGUCCCUCGCUGGCCGCCCUGGCUCCGGCCGCGCUCCCGGAGCCGCCGGACGCCCUCACGGCCUCGCCGGAGCUGAAGGGAGGCAAAGCCUGGAGGAGCCUGGAAUUGCUGUGCCACCCCUCGGCGUGUCCCUGCUCCUUCUGCCGCGACCCCGCGCUGCUGGCGCUGGCGCUGCGCUGGCUCCUGGCACAGGCGCGGGCGCGGCUGCUGGCCGGCGAGGUGGCACCGGGGCUGGCCCUGCUCAGGGCGGUGCUGGCACGCUGUGGCAGCGCCGGCACGCGCCUGGCGCGGGAGCUGGGGGGCACGGGGCAGGGCCCGGGGGCUGGGGGCAGCGGGAGGGCUGGGGGGACUCCUGGGGAUGGGGACGGGAGCCUGCAGGGCCCCUCUGGGGAUGGGGACAUCGGCAGGGACAGGGACAGGAGUCUGCCAGACCCCUCUGGGAUUGGGGACAUCGGCGGGGACAGGGACAUCAGCCUGCCAGACCCCUCUGGGAUUGGGGACAUCGGCGGGGAUGGGGGAGCUCCUGGCAUUGGGGACAGCACCAAGGAUAAGGGAAUUCCUGGGAUUGGGGACAUCGACAGGGACAGGAGCCUGCAGGACCCCUCUGGGGAUGGGGACGUGGUCAGGGAUAAGGGAAUUCCUGGGAAUGGGGACAUUGUCAGGGACAGGAGUCUGUCAGACCCCUCUGGGAUUGGGGACAUCAGCAGGGACAAGGACAGGGCUCUGCAGGACCCCUCUGGGAUUGGGGACACCAUCAGGGACAGGGACCCCUCUGGGAGCAGGGACACCCUUGGGGACAGGAGCCUGCAGGACCUCUCCAGGAACGGGGACACCAUCAGAGAUGGGGACAUUCCUGGGAACAGGGACCUUCCUGGGGAUGGGGACACCCUUGGGGACAGGGACCUGUGGGAUCACUCCAGGGACAGGGAUCCCGCUGGGAAUGGGGGCACCAUCAGGAAUGGGGACACCUUUGGGGUUGGGGACCCUCCUGGGGACAGCACCCUGGGCCCACUGGCUGAGCUGGUGGCCACUGGCUACUCCACGCUGGCCCUGCAGAGCCUGGCCAGUGCAUCCCAGUGCCCCCCAGUUUGGGAUGAGGAGCUGGAGCGGGGGCUGACCCUCCUGGGGUCCCAAAGCCCCCCCGUGGCCGGCCUGGGGGUGGCAGUGGCCACUCUGCUGCUGGCCAAAGCCGUGGCCACCCUCGGCCGCGUGGCCGCCGCCCUCGGCCACUCCAUGGAUGACAUCCUGGCCCAGGCCUGGACCCCCCGUCCCCCACCCACCCCAAACCCCCCAAAACCCCAAAAAACCCCCAAAGCCCCGCCCAAAACCGGACCCCAAAAAGCCAAAGCCCCCAAAGCCAAGGCGGGGAAGACCCCAAAAGUGAAGCCCCCCAAAUUUGGGGACGUCUUCGCCCUGGGGGACUCAGACCCCGAGGUCCCCCCCAUUGUCCUGCGGCCGGGGGGGCCCUGCACCCCUCACCCCAAAUCGGGGGUGCCCCCAAAAGCGCUGCUGGGGGGGCCCAGGACCCCCUUCACCAUCUUCAGCGAGGAGCCCUCCCCGCCCGGGGGCAGCUCCCGGCUCCGCAGGGCCCCCAAAAUGCCAGGAAGGGUCAAGUCCCGCAUCAGGGUGACAUUCAGUGACAGCGACUCUGAGGAACCCCAAAUUCCCCCAGAUCCCCCCAAAAGCACCCAGAAACGUUCCUGUGCCCAGAGGAGGGUCCAGCCCCAAAAAUCCCCCAGGAAUUCUCCAGGAAUUGCAGCUCGGCCCCGGCGGGGGCGGCCCCGCAAGGAGCUGGGGACCCCCAAAAAGAGGGAAAAAAGGGGCAUCAACCACGUGGAAAAUGUGGAAAAGAAGGAAAAUGACAUCCCACAAACAGCUCUGGAAAAGAGGGAAAGAAGGGGAAACGGCAAAGUGGAAAAAAUGGAAAACGUGGGGAAAAGGGGAAAUCCCAAAACGGAAAAUGUGGAAAAAACGAAAAAUGACAACGUGGAAAAUGUGGAAAAGAAGGAAAAGGGCAAAUCCCAAAAAUCUCUGGAGAAGAAGGAGAACAGGGGUCCCCGCCGGGCUGGGGGUCCCCGGGAGAAGAAGGAGAGGGGGACCCCCCAAAGUGGAAUUUUGGAGGAAAAGAGGAACUGGGAAUUUUCUGGGAUUGAGGAGCGGGACCCCCUGAGGGCCGUGGAGGAGGAAGAGGAGGAGGAGGAGGAGGAGAUGAGCUUCGAGCUCCCCCCGCCGCCCCCAGGUGGGGCCAGCAAGGAAAUCCCAGGAAUGGGGGACAAGGGGGAUCCCCCAAAUCCAGAGGGGUCCCAGCCCGGUGACCCCUCGGUGGCCGCGGUGCGGGCGCUGCUGGCCGAGGCGCUGGCCUGGGUCGGGCACUUCCCGCCGGGCUCUCUCUACGGGCAGCUGUGCCAGCUGCUGGCCCUGGCCCUGGGGGACAGGGACCCGCUGGCCACCGCGGCGCUGCUGGCCGAGUCCCUGGGCGUCACCCUGCGCCACCAGCUGCUGGCCAUCGUCCACGCCAGGGCACGGAAGAAGAGGAAAGCAGCAGCAGCAGCCAGGGGGGACAUCUCGGACCAGCUCCAGGGCCUGUCCCUGAAUUCCCAGGGUUCCCAGAAUUCCCGGGAUUCCCAAAAUUCCCAGGAUUCCCGGAAUUCCGAGGAUUCCCAGUCGCACCUGGCCCAGCUGGAGGAGCUUUUCCAGUUCAGCUCCGCGGGUUUGGGGCCGGCGGAGCGGGAGCGGUUCCGGGAGCAGCUCCAGAAGAUUCCCAGCGGUGUCACCGUGUGCCAGCUGUCCCUGGUCAGUGCCACCCCCGGCGCCCUCGGGGACACGCUGCUGCUGACGCGGCUGGAGCGCGGCGCGGAGCCCGUCAGCGUGCGCAUCGCCACCGAGCGCUGCCAGGCCCCCCUGAGCGGGAUCCUCCGGGAAUUCGAGCGGAUCCAGCGGGAGCAGCGCGAGGCCAACGCCUGCACCGAGCGCCAGGAGUGGUGGGAGCGGCGAUCCCGCCUGGACCUGCGCAUGCAGAGCCUGAUCCAGAACCUGGACUCGGAGGUUUUGGGGUGCUGGCGGGGGCUGCUGCUGCCCCGGGAUCCCGGGAAUUCCCCCCUGGAUGAGCAGGAAUUGUCCCAGCUGCUCCAGGAGCUCCGGGAAUGCGGCUGGGACCGCCCCGAGCCCGCCCUGCUCCGGGCACUGCUGUGGGCGCUGUGUCCGGCCGAUGUCCGGCCGCUGGCCGCAGCGCUGUGUCCGGCCCGGCCGCUGCGGGCGCGGCUGCUGCUGGACGAGGCCCUGGAGCGGCGCCGGGAGAGCCCCGGGGGCAGCGCGGGGUCCCUGGUGCUGCUGCUGGACAGGCACCUGCAGCGGCUGCCCUGGGAGAGCUCCGGGACCCUGCGGAACGUUCCGGUGACGCGGCUGCCGGGGCUGCGCUUCCUGCUGCGCUACGGGCUGGCACGGCAGUGCUCGGGCUCGGUGCUGAGCCGGGGCGUGAACCCCAAAAACGCCUUCUACGUGCUGAACCCCCAGCGGGACCUGGGCGGCACCGAGGAGAGGUUCCGGGGCUGGUUCGAGAGCGAGCCCGGCUGGCGCGGGGUCUCGGGGGCGGCGCCGACCCCGCAGCAGCUGCAGGAGGCGCUGGGGCAGCGCGACCUCUACAUCUACGCCGGGCACGGGGCCGGGGCUCGGCUCCUGGACGGGCAGAGCCUGGCACGCCUGCCCUGCCGGGCCGUGGCGCUGCUCUUCGGCUGCUCCAGCGCCGCCCUGGCCCCGCGGGGGCCCCUCGAGCCCUCGGGCACCGUCCUCAAGUUCGUCCUGGCCGGGUGCCCUCUGGUGCUGGGGAACCUGUGGGAUGUCACGGACCGGGACCUGGACCGGCUGGCGCAGGCGCUGCUGCGGGGCUGGCUGGGGGGCGGCCCCGGGACCCCCCUGCUGGCCCAGCUGGCCCAGGCCCGCCAAGCCCCCCGCCUCAAAUCCCUCAUCGGGGCCGCCCCCGUGGCCUACGGGCUCCCGGUCAGCCUCUGCUGAGGGGGGCCACGCUUGGGGGGGCCCUGGGGGCUUUGGGGGCUCCCCCAUGGCUCGGAGUGAAGGUUUGGGGUCCCUUUGGGGCUCCCCCAUGGCUCGGAGUGAAGGUUUGGGGUCCCUUUGGGGCUCCCCCAUGGCUUGGAGUGAGGAUUUGGGGUCCCUUUGGCAUCUUUGGGGUCCCCCGUUGCCUGGGGUGAGGGUUUGGGGUCCCUUUGGGGCUCCCCCAUGGCUUGGAGUGAGGAUUUGGGGUCCCUUUGGCAUCUUUGGGGUCCCCCGUUGCCUGGGGUGAGGGUUUGGGGUCCCUUUGGGGUUCCCCCACUGCCUGCAGUGAGAGUUUGGGGCCAUUUGGCAUCUUUGGGGUCUCUUUGGGGUUCCCCCAUUGCCUGGGGUGAGGAUUUGGGGUCCCGUUGGCAUCUUUGGGGUUUCCCCAUGGCCCAGAGCUGCCCUGGAGUGAAGGUUUGGGGUCCUUUUGUCAUCUUUGGGGUCCCUUUGUCAUCUUUGGGGUCCCCAGGGGCUGCCCUGGGGUGAAGGUUUGGGGUCCCCCCAUGGCCUGGACUAAAGGUUUGGGGUCCCUUUGGCAUCUUUGGGGUCCCCAGGGGCUGCCCUGGGGUGAAGGUUUGGGGUCCCCCCAUGGCCUGGACUAAAGGUUUGGGGUCCCUUUGGCAUCUUUGGGGUUCCCCCAUUGCUUGGAGUGAGGAUUUAGGGUUCUCUCAUUGCCUGGAGUGAAUUUCUGGGGGGACUCCAGUUGUUUUUGGGGUCCCCCCGUUAUUUAUAGGGGAGAACUGGGGGUCCCCCAUCCCUUUUGGGAUCCACUUGUGGCCUUUGGGGCCCCCAUUUGUUACUUUUGGGGUCCCCCAUUACCUCUGGUGACGCUUUUGGGGCUCCCACCCCCGCGGGGAUUUUUGGGGUGUCUGAAGGAAAGGGGAGGGUUGGAACUGCCUUCAUUUUAAUGAAAUUUUAACAAAAUUUUAACAAAAUUUUUAACGAAAUUUGGUUUUAUUCGCCUGUUUUGCAACA